AUGUCAGACCAACUGCAGUCACCUAUAUUCCGCCUCCCUAGGGAAUUGCGCGAUAACAUUUACGAACACUAUGCGCACGACGAAAAUGGCGUUUUCUACGACUAUGCCUCAAACAAGCUUCGGUACGAGAACCAGGAAAAACAUCAAGAGAUGACUGCGCUGACACGCUGCUGCAAGCAAGCAGCUGAGGAGAUGAAGGAUGCGGCCAUGCGGGCGAACACGAUAAGCUUUCUUCCUGCACGCUCACAUAAGGAUGGCGUCGAAGUUAACGAUCUCGAUUCCAGGGCUGGCCGCUUCGAACGCCUGCUACAGUUUUCACGCCGCAUGAAGAUGCACAUAUUACAUCACGUUACGAAAAGCGGAUGCGUCACGCCAGCCAUACGAGAUCAGGUUACGGCGCGCUUUCCCGGCAUAUCGCGCUACUAUCGCGCCGUAUACGACGCCAUUGAAGACGGGCGAGACUUGUACUCAUCCAGGGCACUUUUCCGCAAUGAUCAUACCUGGCGCUGGCAGACAUCGGCAACCUUAUGCGAGGCCAUACAAUACACGUUGGAUUUGGCCUCCUUGCAUUCGGCAUUCGAAAACGCAGCUGCUAGAGCCUUUUCUACUCCCUGGAUGUGCCACAGCAGGAUGCCGCCUUUCCUUCCCGGCUCUCACAAGGCUGUUCUUGCAUGGAAUCCAGAAUGGUGGCUGAUUCCUACAGAGGCUGAUUUGGCACUCGAAUCAUGUCUUGCUGACCCAUCGCAUCAGGAUCUAAUUGGCGAAACUGAUCGUGGGGAACCAAUGGCGCCCGUCGCUUGGUACUUUUCUGCAGCAUCCGUCGCUAUUAACUUCCUAAAGGCACUACCGCGCAGCAGUCGCCUGCUCCUCCGUACGACAAUCGUGAUCAAAGAAGAAAAGCGAGGCGUGGCAUACCCAGAGUCGCAUCUGCGGGGGCUCACACCCUUUCUGCUGGAGAACCCACAUCUCCAUGUCGAACUGCAAGUAGGAUUCUGGACUAGCUUGAUGCACCCAGUAUGGCUGGAACCCGUCGUUCAUCACUGCCUCAACGAAAGCACCCUUCCCAAAGAGAACAUGCUCCGUUCCUUUGCCGACCUUUUGGACGAACUACACGCUUUAUCUGCUAACGGAGUGACCGCCCAUGCUCUCAGCGUAGCGAUUGAGGGCCAAAACAUCGAUUCAGUUCUCUUAUGGGAGACGAUAAAGCAUGCAGCUAGCCUACAAGAGGCCCUGGCAGGAUCCGAUUACAUCAAGCAACAUCAUGAGAUCGACCGCAGGCUAGUACUCUCCAAGAUGGAAUUCGAAAACACUUUGCACGACUACGCCAUGAGGGAACGCUUCCAACUACCAUGCGAUUUACCGCCGUGCUUUCACGACAUGGUCCGCCGUAUCACCUUGGGUGAGUACUUCAUUCGCUUUGAUGGAAACGCCGGUGAAGUCUGGGAUUCUGCGACAGAGAUCUCUGCCAGGAAGGACUGGACGCCACAGCAGUUCUACGAAGAAUGGUAUGCCUCUUUUGGAGGUCGGCAUAUGACACUACCAGCAGGAGGGGUACCGGCCUUCUUCGCGAUGUACGAGCUUCAAGAGCUCUGGUGUGGAACACACCCAUGGAAAUGGGUGUCUCUGGAUGGCUCGGAAACUUUUGAGUAUUCACCAUCUGGGUUGUCAUCGUAA